GGGGCACCGGCGGCGUGGAGUGGAAAAGGAUAUAGUCGAGAGAGCAGCUGUUGGUUGAAAACGCUCAGAGUGACACGGAGCGAUGACGGAACGGAAGGGGACAGCUAAAUUAGACUUCUUAAGGAAGAUUGAAAAGGAAGUCCAACAGAAGUGGCAGGAUGAUGGAGCAUUUGAGGUUAAUGCUGCAAGCCACCAAAGCUCUGGAAAAUACUUUGCCACCUUUCCAUAUCCAUACAUGAAUGGCCGACUUCACCUGGGACACACGUUUUCCUUAUCUAAGUGUGAGUUUGCCAUUGGGUACCAGAAGCUAAAAGGAAAAAGCUGCCUGUUCCCUUUUGGACUGCAUUGUACUGGCAUGCCCAUUAAGGCAUGUGCAGAUAAGUUGAAAAGAGAAAUGGAGCUGUAUGGAUGUCCACCGGAAUUCCCUGAUGAAGAGGAGGAGGAGGAAGAGGAGGAGACGAAGGGGGAAGAAAUGGUCAUCAAAGACAAGGCUAAAGGAAAAAAGAGUAAGGCUGCUGCCAAGACUGGCUCUUCCAAAUAUCAAUGGGGAAUCAUGAAGUCUUUGGGCCUCUCUGAUGAAGAAAUAGUGAAGUUUUCAGAGGCUGAACAUUGGCUUGAAUACUUCCCACCUCUGGCUAUUCAAGAUUUAAAGAGUAUGGGACUGAAGGUGGAUUGGAGGCGUUCUUUCAUUACCACUGAUGUCAACCCAUACUAUGAUUCUUUUGUACGAUGGCAAUUUUUAACCCUGAGGGAAAGAAAUAAAAUUAAAUUUGGAAAAAGAUACACUAUUUAUUCACCAAAAGAUGGACAGCCGUGCAUGGAUCAUGACAGGCAAACAGGGGAGGGUGUAGGACCUCAGGAAUACACUCUUAUCAAAAUGAAGGUGGUCGAACCUUAUCCUGUGAAAUUAAGUGGCCUUAAAGGAAAGAAUAUCUUCUUGGUAGCUGCUACUCUCAGACCAGAGACCAUGUUUGGGCAGACUAACUGCUGGGUUCGCCCCGAUAUGAAGUACAUUGGCUUUGAGACCCUGAAUGGGGAUAUUUUUAUUUGCACGCAGAGAGCUGCCAGGAAUAUGUCCUACCAGGGCUUCACAAAAACCAAUGGAGUGGUGCCUGUUGUGAAGGAGCUGAUGGGAGAGGAGAUCCUUGGAGCUGCACUCUAUGCCCCUCUAACAUCCUACAAAGUUAUCUAUACUCUUCCUAUGCUGACUAUUAAGGAAGAUAAAGGCACCGGAGUGGUCACAAGUGUUCCAUCCGAUUCCCCAGAUGACAUUGCGGCCCUGAGAGACUUGAAGAAAAAACAGGCAUUUCGGGCAAAGUAUGGCAUCAAAGAUGAAAUGGUCCUCCCUUUUGAACCAAUGCCCAUCAUUGAGAUCCCAGGCUACGGCAACCUUUCUGCUCCAGUACUGUGUGACGAGCUUAAGAUACAGAGUCAAAAUGACAGAGAGAAGCUUGCAGAAGCCAAGGAGAAACUAUACCUGAAAGGAUUUUAUGAAGGAAUAAUGCUUGUGGAUGAAUUCAAGGGUCAGAAGGUCCAGGAUGUUAAGAAGCCUAUUCAGAAGAAGAUGGUGGACAAUGGUGAAGCAAUGAUUUAUAUGGAGCCAGAGAAACAAGUCACAUCUAGAUCUGCCGAUGAGUGUGUGGUGGCUCUUUGUGACCAAUGGUACUUGGACUAUGGUGAGGAAACGUGGAAGCAGCAGGCUUAUGAGUGCCUGAAAAACCUUGAGACGUUUUGUGAAGAGACCAGAAGGAACUUUGAAGCUACUCUAGGCUGGCUGCAGGAACAUGCCUGCUCAAGGACCUAUGGAUUAGGUACUCGUUUGCCUUGGGAUGAGCACUGGUUGAUAGAAUCUCUCUCUGAUUCGACUAUCUACAUGGCCUUCUAUACGGUUGCUCAUCUCCUCCAGCAGGGAGAUCUCCGUGGACAAGGCGAGUCUCCGUCAGGCAUUAGGGCAAACCAGAUGUCCAAAGAAGUGUGGGACUACAUCUUCUUUAAGACGGCUCCAUUUCCUGCAACAAGAAUCCCCAAGGAAACUUUGAAUAAACUAAAGGAGGAGUUUGAAUUUUGGUAUCCAGUGGAUCUCCGUGCUUCUGGCAAGGACCUCGUUCCAAACCACUUGUCAUACUACCUUUAUAACCAUGUGGCCAUGUGGCCGGAUCAAAGUGAAAAAUGGCCUCUAGCUGUAAGAGCAAAUGGACAUCUCCUCCUGAAUUCAGAGAAGAUGUCUAAAUCUACAGGCAACUUUCUCACUUUGAGCGAAGCUGUUGAGAAGUUUUCUGCUGAUGGCAUGCGGCUGGCGUUAGCUGAUGCAGGUGAUACUGUUGAAGAUGCAAACUUCGUGGAAGCCGUGGCAGAUGCUGGCAUCCUCCGCCUGUACACAUGGGUGGAAUGGGUGAAGGAAAUGCUUGCCAACUGGGACAGUUUAAGAAGCGGGCCUGCCACCACUUUCAAUGACAGGGUCUUUGCCAGUGAAAUGAAUGCAGGUAUAAUGAAGACAGAUCAAAACUAUGAGAAGAUGAUGUUUAAGGAAGCUCUUAAAACCGGGUUCUUUGAAUUUCAGGCAGCAAAAGACAAGUACCGCGAGCUAGCUAUAGAAGGGAUGCACAGGGACCUGGUGCUCCAAUUUAUUGAAUCUCAGACGCUCUUGUUAGCUCCUGUCUGCCCCCAUGUGUGUGAACAUAUUUGGACAUUGCUGGGCAAGGCGGGCUCCAUCAUGAAAACAUCCUGGCCAGUGCCUGGCCCUGUGGAUGAAAUACUCAUCCGCUCCUCCCAGUACCUCACAGAGGUAGCCCAUGAACUCCGUCUGCGCCUCAAAAGCUACAUGGCACCAGCGAAAGGAAAGAAGGGCAAUAAAGAAGCACCUCAGAAGCCUUCCCACUGUACCGUUUACGUGGCCAAGAACUACCCACCAUGGCAGCACACGACUCUGUCUGUCCUGCGCAAGCAUUAUCGGACCAACGGAGGGCAGCUACCAGACAACAAAAUAAUUGCCAGCGAACUCAAUUCCUUGCCAGAGUUGAAGAAAUACAUGAAAAGGGUUAUGCCUUUUGUUGCGAUGAUUAAGGAAAAUCUGGAGAAGAAAGGGCCACGUGUCCUUGAUCUACAGCUGGAGUUCGACGAACGGGCUGUCCUUGUGGAGAACAUUGUCUACCUGACAAAUUCUUUGGAGCUGGAACAUAUAGAGUUGAAGUUUGCUUCUGAAGGAGAUGAGAAAAUUAAAGAAGAUUGCUGUCCCGGAAAACCAUUCUGCACGUUCAGAGUAGAACCUGGCGUGUCUGUCUUUUUGGUAAAUCCUCAACCAGCAAAUGGCCACUUUUCUACCAAAAUUGAGGUCAGGCAAGGAGAUGGUCGAGAUGCAAUAAUCAGACGCUUGAUGAAGGUGGACAGAGGAAUCAAAGAUCUUUCCAAAGUGAGAUUAAUGCGCUUUGACGAUCCUCUCCAGGGCCCUCGUCGUGUUCCUGUCCUCGGAAAAGAAGAUGCUGAGAAAUCCCCCAUUUUAGAGCAAGCUGUCUUUCACAUAGACCUCGCUGAAAAGCGGGUCCGGCUCACUGAGAAUGGGCGGACAACAGAUAUUGGGGAUACGCUUGUCUAUAUAGUUAAUUAGGUUUUGCACAGAGGGCUUUAUCAGUGAUGAAUCUUUAAAUAACAUCAGUGGCUUCUAAGCUGUCUAGUGGACCACAGCAAGUUUGAAUUUCCAGGUUGGGGUGGGGAAGGGAAUUAAACUUUGCAUGUAGAUCAAGCUCCUGCAAUUUUUAAAUGUGCUUAUAAUAAAUCUAUUUUCCAUC